AUGCUGGCGCUCAUGGCCAACGGCGGGAACGUCGUGGAGGCGAUGGACCAGCUCUCGACGCUGGAGUUCGGCCCGGGAGGCGGGGCAUCCCCGGCGCCAGAGCCGUCGCCUCGGACGCCGCCCCCCCCCACAACCGGGAGGCCGUCCAAGGGCGCGGACGAGGGCCCGGAGGGUGCUGGCGUCGGCACCGACGGGGACGCGUGCGCAAACGAGCAGAGCGAGGAGGAGCAGCUGCGCAGAAUCCUCGCGCUGUCGCAGCGAGAGGAGGAGGAGAAGAACCGCCAGCGGGAGGCCAAGUGGAGGGAGAGCCUGGAGGCUGCCCUCGCCCUGAGCAUGCAGGAGCCGAGGCCGCUCGCGGGCGCGGGCGGAGGAGCUGCCCGAGAGGCCGACGUGGAAAACGACGAAGACGACAGUGGCAUACCCCGCGAGGUACUUGAAGAGUCGAGGCGCAUGCAGGAGGCGGAUGAGCAGCGGAGGGAGCGGCAGGAGCAGGCGGACCUGGAGGACGCCCUCCGGGCAAGCCUCAUGCUCGUCCGGUUCCACGACUCCAUGGACGUGGAGCUGGAGUCGUCGCCGUUCGAGGAGUCCGCCGAGGCCGAUGACUGGCCGACGUACGCCGAGGAGAUACGGCAGGCCUAUGAGGAGCCGAGCAGAGGUGCUGUGGCGCGGCCCCUGCGCCGCGCCGCUCUGCCCGGUGGACGAGGUGGACCCGCACGAGCGGCGCGUCGACCCCGAGAGCGGCGAGGAGUUCAGCCUCGCGGAGCUCCUUGUGGCGUAUGCCGGGCUCUACACCGACGCCGAGAUCAGGGCCUACUGGAGGGACGCCUGCUUCGAGCCGGUGCCCCCGGAGCCGAGGCCGCCUGA